UACUUCCAACUUCACACUGCUGUAAUGUAGCCAUGUUGUUGAUCUUGCACAGUGUACUCAGUAGUAUUGAUACUCACUCAAGCCUGAUUAUCACCUUUACCAAUGCCCUAUUGUAACAGACAAGCAGGACUGUCCACAACAAUGGAUGCAGUCAAGUGUUUUACAAUUGUGUUUUUUCUUGGACUGUGCCUUGGACAUGAUAAUGGUCAGCAUUUUAUCAAACAUGUACUUAAGCCUACAUGUACUGUACCACAACCGUUCUUGUCCACUUCUGCAUGUGUUAGGAGAUUCUACGGUAGACGAAUUAACUAUUACCCGAAUUCAGAUGCUUCUUACCAAAUAUCCCUUUUGAAGGAUGGCGAUAUUAGUCCUAAUCCUGGGCCUGAUGUUGGUUGCGGCAGCUGUGAUACAGCGCCAAAGACUAUUACCUAUACCAGGGAACAGUUGUAUGAUGUCGCCCAUCAUGAUAUUUGCCACCAGCGUCUAUCUCCUGUACUGUGGAAGAAGCUUACUACCCUUGGAAUCUCGCACAAGAAGAGAACAAAACGUAGUAAGAGAACAUGGAUGAAAAGGAGGAAUAAGAUCUUGCGAUCAUCUUUAUCCACUUUCCCGGAUGAUAAAUCUCCUACUAAAGACACUUCAUUGACCUGCAUUUCAUCUGCCAUGUCUGCAGAUUCCAGAAAAGAAGACAAUCGAGGAGUACUGCUGUUGGAACCAUUCUAUGGUGGCUCUCAUCGUCAGCUCAUUGAUCUCUUACAUGAGAGUAUCCCAGAAUGCACUUUGUUUACCUUGCCAGCUUCCAAGUGGCACUGGAGAGCAAGGACAUCGGCCCUAUACUUCUCUGCUGAAGUACCUUACGAUCACUCAUUCAGUGUUCUGUUUGCAAGCUCCGUCCUGAACCUCGCAGAGCUGGUUGCCUUGAGACCUGACCUAGCAAGGAUCAGGAAAAUCCUGUACUUCCAUGAGAACCAGUUAGUUUAUCCAGUCCAGAAACACAAGGACAGGGACUUCCAGUAUGGUUACAACCAAAUACUUUCAUGCCUCGUUGCAGAUGUUAUUGUCUUCAAUUCGUAUUACAACCAAGAGAGUUCCCUGACAUCCAUUGAUUCUUUCUUGAAAUUGAUGCCAAAUAGGCCAAAAAAGCUUGCUGAGAGGAUUCGUCCAAAGUGCCAAGUCCUGUACUUUCCCCUUGAUUUCCCUCCCGUCCUGCCUAGCAAGGCACCAGAGCCAGACAUGACUGUUCCUUCUGGCAAAUACUCUGACACACCCGUCUGCCAUGAUGUCGGGAGCGGACAUUCUUCAGAACAUACCCCUGAUCAGAGCGUCUGGUCACCAGAUUGCAAGCCAUCAAGUUCUGCAGCAAAAGUAACAAGUUGUGCAGGUGGUGGGUGUAGCCCUGUACAGCCUGGACUGAUGAUAGACACAGCAUAUUGGGGUCAUCUAGGGGAAGGGGAUUUCAGAAGAAAAGAAUAUGGGAUGACCUUUGAUGACCUGCAGGACAACCGUGUUUCAUCUCGUGUCUCAGUGGACAAUCCAGGAAGUCCUGCAGGAAGAGCAAUGAAAUUGCAGCAAUCAAAAGAAAUGUUUGCUCUGAGGGUUCAUGUAAUAGAUUCUGUAGACCAUGCUUCUUUCCCAAAACAGGAAGAUUGGAAUGAAAUAGAUGAGCAAUCUUUUGAUGACCAAAAGGGCAUUCCUGUCUUAUUUCAGAAUUCCUUGGAAUCUUCAGAAGUGGGACGAUCUUCACAGGAUUCAAAGGAAAUGAGCUGUGCAUCAAGAAUACCUGUAACAAAUACCACAGCUCCUGCUAAUGUAUUCAACCAGGAAGAUACCAAUGAAGACACAAUCACUGAUGUUUUACCAGAUUGUAGUACAUUUACAGAACAAUGUGACAGUAUCUGUCAGGGAAUAGAAAAAACAAAAAUAGCCUCAGUAGGUCCUUAUAGCGGAGGUAGUUGUUGCCAUGCUAGCACAGAUGAGAAGCGAGUUGGUGAUUGCAGCUCUGUCAAGGAUGGAAAUGACAAUGGACGGAGCAUUCGACCACUACAUAUUCUUUGGCCUCAUAGAUGGGAACAUGACAAGAAUCCGGAUCAAUUCUUCUCUGUAUUGUUUCAACUGCAUGAGCAAGACUGUAGUUUUCAUGUCUCUGUGUUGGGCGAAAGCUAUCUGCAAGUUCCACCAAUCUUUGAGGAAGCAAAGCUUAAAUUGAAAGAUCAUAUUCUGAGCUGGGGGUUUCUAUCAUGCAAGGAGGACUAUUACAGGAUACUUUCCGAGGCUGAUGUUGUUGUAUCUACUGCAAAUCAUGAAUUCUUUGGAGUUGCUAUGUUAGAAGCCACUUAUUAUCAGUGUUAUCCGCUCUGCCCAACCCGCCUGGUCUACCCAGAGAUAUUCCCCGCUGAACACCUUUACAGAACACCAACACAGCUCUUGAAGAAACUAAAGAGAUUCUGCAGAAACCCAAACCUUGUCAGAUGUUAUCAUUUUCAAGGUGACUUGACAAAGUACAGCUGGAAUACUCUACAAGGUCAGUAUCAUCAGCUGUUGAUUACUGAUGAGCAAGGAUACGAAGAUGGAAUAUCUUCCUCGAGCAGCUGAUAUCUUCUCAUUGAUAGACAAUUGUGAUCUCAAUUCUCCCAAUCAUAUGCUUUAAUAUGCUCUGAUGAUGCACUGCUGCAAGUCAUCCAGAUCUGCAGGUGGGGUGCUGUACACUUUUAACUUUAGGUACCCCUAGACCAAGACAGGCAGACACUUGGCAGGGCCAUGGCAGCAAUGCUCCAUCGAGCUUAGAAGUGCAUCGAGAGAAAUGGACAACAUGUGGAAGAUUGAAGGCGGGAAGCUUUGUCCAAGUAGUUGCCAAAAUGACAAUGAAAGGAACUUUUCAGUGAAGAUAAUUUAUGGAUUUACUGGUUCUUUUGUUUAAUUUUCUUGAUUAAUGAACUUUACGCUCAUUGUUUGUGUGAAUGCUUUUGUCUCUGUUUCAGCAGGUAAUCACCAGAUUUGGCGCAAAUGGCUUUUGACACUUUUUCAAACAAUGGCUGUUGUGCACUCAAUCAUAACAACAACACUGAAACAAAUUUUACCAAGUGACAAAGGAAUAUUUACUCUUUCCAUACAUGCUAGAAAUUCUCUCUGAAUCCCACAUUUAAACAAAAAAAUAUUAUUAAUUUAAAAAGUGUAACAUUUUUUCUGACUCACACUGUAGAAAGGUAUAGGAAUGUUUGCAUCUGAAAAAAAUCCCAUGAUUCUCAAAUCAAACUUUCGUGGAACAUUUACCUCAUGAAAUAUAUUUAAUAGCAAAUGUUGAUGCAAUAGAUAGUUUUGUGAAAAUGCUAAGCAAGGUACAGACCUAUUUGAUGCAGCUUUGCAGUAUCCAGUGAUAACAUUUAUAUGUAUAUCCAGUUUCUAGAAAAAAUAACAUUAUUGAGAUUGAUUUCAAAUUCUGACACUGAUAAGAUGUCAUGAAGUUUUUGACUGUGUUCCUUUGUACUCAAUGAAUACUUCAAUUAUUGAGUACUGCCUGGCUAGAUGAUUCAUUAAACAAGUUGAAAUACAUGUAGAUUAAUUGUUGGAGAACAUAAUUGUAAUUUACCUUUGACUUGAUCAGAAAUAUCAAGUUUUUGUGCAAUACAGAUUAAACGUUUAUAACAAAACUUAGCUUCUUUAUGUGAUCUUACUGUAGUCCAGUAAUUUAGAUGAUUAAAGUCCGCUGUACACUAGACUGGUCUUCAACUUGAUUUUCGAUUGAAAAUAUUUUUCAGAUUUUCAAUAUUUUUUCAAAAGUUUUGAAAUUAAUGAAAGUUUUUAAACAUAAUGGUACUCAUUGAUAUUCAUGUUGAUAACCAUUAUCUUUGAAACGGUUCAUAAACUUUCGUCAACUACAAGCUCGCAGUCUCGAGUUAAAUUAAGUAUGGCUUUGAACUGGAAACUGCUCUAUCAAUAUACCUGUACCUUGGGUUGCAAUUUUCAUAAAAUAAUUCUCUCGUUAGCAGUGGCGUACCUAGGAUUUUCCACAGGGGGGGGGGGGCAAAUUCGUCCGCCAAAAAAUUGACAAGCAAAAAAAAAAUUUAAAAAAGGGGGGGGGGGCAUGGAUAUGUCCCUUGCAUGGGUUGUGACUCGUCAGAGGGGGCAGUCUGCCCCCACCCCGUAGGUACGCUAGUGCUCGUUAGUAUUGAUAUUUAUGAGUGUGAUAUCCCCUGUUGAUUGAAUCAGUUUUAUAAGUAAUUAUUGUGUUUGUUUGAAUUUUUAUUUAUGUACUCAUUCAUUUUAAUUAAUUUAUUCAUUUACUUUUUA